AUGCACUCGAGUCUAAACCGCUCAAUCCUAGCAGAGCCCUACCACUAUCCCCACGAUGCUUCUUUCAGCCCUGCCACAACAGCAAUUGUCGUCAUUGAUAUGCAACGGGAUUUCUGCGAGGUCGGAGGAUAUUUCGACUGUCAAGGCUAUGAUGUCGAGGAUGCUCGAAACUUGAUCCCAACCAUCCAGGCACUGCUCUCCGCUGCGCGCGGAGCCGGGUUUCCCGUCUUCUUCACGCGGGAAGGACAUAGACCUGACCUUUCCACGUUAUCAAGUCGUGAGCGAUUCCGAUCACGCAAAAAUCCGCGCCAACUGGGUAUCGGCGAUCGAGGUCCGCUUGGUAGAUUCCUGGUUCGAGGGGAACCUGGACACGGCGUUAUCCCUGAAUUAGAGCCAGGUCCCGAUGAAGUAAUCAUCGACAAGCCUGGCAGAGGAGCUUUUGCUCACACGGAUUUUGAACUUCUCUUGAAGAUUCGUGGCAUCAGGAAUCUGGUGUUGUGCGGAGUGACCACCGACGUCUGCGUUUCCACUACCAUGCGUGAGGCCAAUGACCGUGGCUUCGACUGUCUUCUACUUGAAGACGCGACAGCAGCUGCAACACCGCAACUGCAUAAUGCCACCAUUGAGUCCGUCAAGAUGGAAGGCGGUAUCUUUGGCGCCGUAGCGCAAUCGGGGGAUGUGAUCACGGCGAUAACUCGUGAUGCCGCUCAGCCGAGGGGAUGA